AUUGCCACGUCACCUUUAAGAGACUCGUGUUUUGUUUUGUGGGAGCUGAAAUUUCCAAUGUGUCUUUGAUUUCGUUGAAUUUACCUAAUACACGUACCUGGGAAAAUGUUGGUGACCGAGGAGUUUACGCGAUUUCCCCUCCUGAUGUGGGAGAAGGUGCUGUCGAAGGUAAAGAAAGCGGUUGUUUUCAUGGAUGACAAAUGUGCAGAGGCUUUGCACUGGAGUGGAGGGGCUGCCACUUUAUUGGAGGCUGGAGCCAGAAAUUUAAAGCAGUUUUCAAGCUUCGAAGCCUGCGGGGCCAAUGAGCCCAAAGCCGUGUUUGUAGUGAGCACAUUGUUGAAAGGGAGGACAGUCGACAUCAUUAAAGACAUCAUAUCCCUCAGUCACUUUCAGUACUGCGUUGUCUUCACCACUGUUGCUCACUCCGUGCACCUGCUCGCCAACAAAGUCACGACAGAAAUGGAAGGAAACCCUGUAUUUGAGCAAUUUGAAGAAAAGUUGUGCGAGUGGAUGGGAAACAUGAACUACACUGCGGAAGUCAUGCAUGUUCCAGUUGUCUUCGCCCCUGUGUCCCAGCAGCUGAUCGUUACACCCCCGUUUGCACACCUGUUCCCUCUGCUGCCGUUGGACCUGGAGACCAUCAAUGCAAAACGACCAGAGAAGAAGAGAUUUGCAAGUCUGAGUGAUAUAGAUAUGCACUGUCUCACUGCUGAACUGCAGAUUGAAGUCAAAUCCCUGGCUUCAGCAUUAAAUUCAAUGUUUGAGACCACCGGUACCAGAGAGGAGAGCUUUGCUCUGGGUCCAAUGAGCCGCAUCAUAGCAGGGGAACUCGCCAAUCAUCCUCAAGCAAAAAACCGAAGGAAGACAGCCCCUAAUAAAGCAUCAAUCAUCUUUGUUGAUCGAACAAUGGAUCUUACAGGGGCUGUUGGUCAUCAUGGUGACAACCUGGUAGAGAAGAUUCUGACCGUGCUCAAACCCUUACCUGGUCAUGUGACAGAUAUGCAGGUGGACAUGCUGGAGCUCACAAGUCUGCAGCAAACCCCUCACUCCAAGACUGUCCUGGCCCCUGGCUGUCUUGCACAGACUCAGUCAUCUGCGAGGUCACUGUGGGAGACCAUGCUGACCAGUAAACACAAAGAGGGGCUGAUGGAGGUCCGUCGGCAACUGGUGGAAGCAGCCAGUAAAGAAAAUCUGCCAAUCAAGAUGAGCAUGGGCCGUGUGACCCCUGAACAGCUGUGCUCUUACAUGCAGCUGUUCCGGAGCAGUUGGGGGGCGCUAGAGAGUCACUGUGGGGUGCUCCAGCUGGGCCUGGCCACGGCCCAGACUCUCCGACACCCCAGCCUGUCCCGCUGGGAUGCCUGCCUGGCCUUCGAGAGGCUGCUGCUACAGGCUCUCGGAGACUCUGACUUCCCUGCUGUGCUGAGGCAGCUGCUGCCUUUGAUGAAGCCCCGUGGAAGCGAGGACGCCUCAGCCUCAGGGUCGAGGCUCAGGGAGGACGAGUGCGGUCCCGAUGAGCUGAUCCUCCUGCUGGUCUAUCUGUACUCCCUGGCUGAUGAGGCACAGCCCGCAGAUCAUGAUACAGAGGAGGAGCUGGAGAAGCUGGAGAGGGACCUGAUAGGAGCGCUCACCCUAGUCAUCACCCGAGAGACAGAACUCAGCCCAUUGCUUCAGAAACUGGCUGGUUGUACAAAUCCUGAGGAGUUGACCACAAAGCAAGUUCAUUCUGCAGUGGAAAAGAUCUUCAAGACCCUCCGAGGUUUGAGCAGCACCAGAAACCACCUCAAACAGUUACGCUCCAUCUACACUGCCAGCGAUGGAGUUCACCAGGCCACCUAUCGACCUUUCCUGCGUCAGAUCCUGGAGGAAGUCUUUCACCCCGACCGACAUGAAUGUCCUGACAUCGAGCACAUGUCUGGAGGUCUCACAGACCUGUUGAAGACCGGCUUCAGCAUGUUCAUGAAGGUGAGCCGUCCACAUCCCGGCGACAACCGUCUGCUCUUCCUUUUCAUGGUUGGUGGAGUCACACCCUCAGAGCUUCGUCUCAUCAAAGAGAUUGUUACCACACACAAACCAGGGACCCAGGUGCUGGUUCUCUCCACCAGGUUACUAAGACCGACGGAUAUCCCGGAGCUGCUCUUCAGUACCCAGAGACUGGUGCCUGAUAUCGGUGUCUGAAAGGCCGCCACGCGGAGAAACGGCCAUUAACACGUGGAUGAACACAUGCACCACAAAUGUCUAAACACUUAGGUGUGUAGCAGGAUCGCAAAAUGUAAGAUUGUGUCAGCAGAUGAUAUGCAAAUGAAGCAACAUUCCUGUCCUAUAAAAAGCCACUGCUCUAAGCACGAGGUGUAAAAUUCCAUCAGCAUGUUUCAGGUGCUGUUUGCAUCAAUUGUUAAUAUAAAACAAUAAAGAUGCCCAUGUGUGAUUUUUUUUUUUUUCUUUCUUUCUUUCAUUCGCAUACAUGCACAGGACAUGAGCAGCAGCCAUUUAAAGCAGGGACUGUGUGUGAACUCAUGAGUGUGAACAAUGGGAGGCAUGCUGUUGUGGCUGGAAGAAUACGCACUCUGUUAGCAACAUCACCUCGCAAACAUCAUAUGGUGACAAAUAAAAGCAGGAUCAGCCAAGGCCGAUACAUUGCUCACACUUAAAGCUCACCUCCUCCUUCCGUCCCUCCCACUCUCCCCUCUGUCUUUUUGCAACAUGAAACACCACAGAUAGAGCUCAGAAAUUUACCCGCACCUGGGACAACAUUGAGUCUCCCUCAUUUUGUCAAACACAAACAGGUGAUUCAGUGAAUCCUCAUCUGGCGUGUUUGAACAGGAUAUUCAGGAUUCCCUGAUUAGAUUCUGAAUUCCCGAAAACCAGAUCUCCGGGUCCUCGCAGUUCUUCAGUCUAAUAAAAACAAGGUCAGCUCUGAGAAAGCAAACUCUCCCACAGGGAUUCGGCCGCAGUUACGCGAGCAGCUUUUUUUAGUCAGAUUACUUUUUGGGAGGUCAAGGACUGCGCCAGGCUUUUAGUUUUAAACAGAUCACAAGAUCUGAGAAGUGGCUGUACAGUCAUGCUUCUAUUGUAUCCACGGUAUUCAUCACUACUCUGAUAUCAAAGCCUUUUUAAGAAUCGCUGCAUUCAUGGGUCAGACUACCUUUCUGCGUGUGCGUCAUCUGCUCACAGCAUGAAUGAGGCUUAUCAGUCUUCCAGUCCCAAGGACAUCAGUGACUCAUGAGUUCUAUAAUCUACGGUUUGUAAACUUUGUGCAGAUAAAGAAAGCGUAUAAAUGAAAUUGAUGAGUACUUGUUUGACUGU